AUGAGGAGAGGGAGGCGACGGGACGACCGCCUAGGAGGCUGGAUCGUGACAGGAAAGGCUUGUGGGUUACGCGUUGCGAUCCCGAGCCCUCGGCGGACGGUCCGGGGCGCCGCGCGGAGAGCCUCACCUGAUCUUCCGGUGCCCAUCCUCGAGACGGCACUGCGGGCGGAGAACGUUGGGCCGCCAAGGGGCGCGCCGCCCCCCAGAGUGGGCGCCGGACAGAGCCUGGUGACUGUGGCGGAGGACGUGGCGCAGGUAGCGGGCGGUGACGCGGACACGCUACCGGAGGACGCUGGCGAAGCGGCGAGCGUGAGUGCCGUAGAUGCCAGGGAGGCGUGGUGGGGCGGCGCCAGCGGCGGCGGUGACGCUGGCGGCGGAGACACGCUUGCGGGCGGUGGCGGCAGGGGCGGCGGCGGCGAUGGCGGGCGAUGGCGUGAGUCGUGGGCUUCCGGGAAGAAGGCCGCCGGCAGCUGCAGUGUGGCGGGGCCCGGAGCCGCCCACGGCAGUGACAGCGGCAGCACCGAGGACAGCUCGGGCGCCACGGUGGCAACGGAUUCGGGCGGCGGCGGCACGGACGCCGCCUCGGGUAAGUCUGUCGGUGGCGCUUCCGAGGGCGGGUGGAGGAGCCAGGAGCGGGCGAGGGUGGGCGGGGGAGGCAGGGGGAGAGCGGGGGUGCCCACCGAAGAAGCCUCCAACGACGCCACCGUAGCACCAAGUCUUUGCUUCCACAGGUUACAGGUCAGUCAGAAAAGGCAGGUCAUUGAGGCCGCGGUUGACCUCGCACGCACUAAGGGCCAGCGCGACCCUCCGUUCCAGCGUCCUUCACUCGUCGACCACAACACCACACUGUUCAGUCUGCCCUAA